GGAAAAGGGAUUCUAGGCGCUUUUGGAGGGAGCGUUCGAUUUCAUCCCAAUGGGCGCCAACCUUAGUAGCCCUAAAAAUCCAUUAUUUUUAAUUUUUAAAAUUUUUUUUAACAGUCUUUUAGUGUAUAAUUAGUAAGAUUUCUGAGAUUUUUCUCUCGAUAGGUUCUAUGUAUCUUCCUGUUCUUUUGUGCUUUAUAACGAAGGCCCCCCUCAUUCUCACUCUCACUUCUCCUCUUCGAGGCUGCGAUCUGUUGAAGUUGUAGGUGAUACAAUUCUUUGCACUUUCAGCAGCUGGAAAUUUCUCGCUCUGAUAUUCUUUCUGUGGACCACUGAACAAUGCAUUUAUGCAUUAACUUUUACAGAAUACGCAUUUUACGCACUGGUAUUAGCUCGUGACACACAUUGCUUCCAUUAGUCCAAAUUUCCUCUCUGCAGUGAAGAUCUAGGCUUCUACCAUUUCUUUUAUUACAUUGAUCUCUGCUAGUAUGCAAAGUAGUUGAGCAGAAGUCCUUAGCAUGAUUAAGAGUGUCAGAAGGAAAUGAUGGAUAAUUACAUUGGUCCAAGUAAUCUUCACUUAACGAAGGAGCUUACUGCCCUUGGAAAAUCUCGAGGUUUACGUGAUCCAGACACUCAUACGUCUUGGAAGUCCCCAUUAAGCUCUACGCAUCUUGAUAUGACUUUGACCUUGAACUCCGAAAAUGAGAAUGCAGAAAAUCAAAAAGUCAUGAACAAUUCAAGUGGGUCAGUCGAGUUACCUUCAGGAUAUGACAAGAGAAGGAAGAAGGUUUACCUUUACAACUGGCGACAUCAUCCAAGCAAAUCUAGUGAUAGUGGAUUUCAAUUGGAUUUGGACAAUAGGCAAACAUCUCUUCAGGAUAAUAGUUCAGAACAAAAUAUGAAUAAUACAUUGGAUUUAGACUCUAGAGUUGAUGCAUGUCUUGAGGAUCCGUUGGUUACUACUGAUGUCAAAGGCAAGAAGCCACAUAUUCCAGUGAGGAAAACUGCUAGAAAAUCAAGCAAAGGUGUCUAUUUGAGGAACAACAGUAGGAAAAGUGCAUCAGUCACAAAGAUGCUGGAUCUUGCAUCCAACUCUUUUGGGUACUCCAGCUCAGAGGAAUUGCAGAUAUUAACACAUAAAUCAACUCAAAAUAAUGGCUCCUGUUCUCAUUGUGCAUCGCCCAUCUUAUCCAGAUCAGGAUGUGGGAAUUGGUCGAAUUCUACCAAGCUUUUGAAAAGUGCUAGAAGAGAAUGCUCAUCUGUUUCUUGUACACCAGCGUCAAAUAGCUCAAACAACCGGCUUCGAAGUUCAGCUUCCUUCAAUGGAAAUGAAGUGCAUCAACUGGAUAAUAACAGCCAAAUAUGCGGUGUCCCUUGUAAUCUGCCAAAGAGAACAAGAGAUCCAUGCUCAAGAAGUUGCACUUCAGCUUCACUCUCUGAUACACCAAGAAGAAUGGUAAGAAGCAUUCUUUGCGGGACCCGUACAGUCCACCCUAAAAGGAGAUUAUCAAGCUCUCGUCACCAAAACUUUGUGCCGAAAUCUUCACAGGAUGUGCCCUUGUUAACCAGCAAGUUUGAUGGAGUAGGUUCUUCAGCAGACUCAGUAAGUGAUGAGCUUGCAAGUAACUUUGGGGAGCUUGAUUUGGAGGCUGUGAACAGGUUAGAUGGAAGGAGAUGGUCAAGUUGCAGAAGCCAUGAAAGACUUGAACUUGGCUUAUCAGAGGGUUUUCACUCGCACUCGGUGUGCUUGAGUCAGAAGUACAUACCGAUGUCUUUUGAUGAAAUAGUUGGCCAAAAUAUUGUAGUCCAAUCACUUAGUAAUGCUGUCUUGAAAGGAAGAAUAGCCCCUGGAUAUCUUUUCCAAGGCCCUCGUGGGGUUGGAAAAACUUCAGUUGCACGAGUUUUUGCAGCGGCUUUGAACUGUUUGUCCACAGAAGAAAAUAGGCCAUGUGGGUUAUGUAGCGAAUGUGAAAACUUGAACUCUGGAAUUCGAUCGAUCAUGAAAGAAGUAGAUGCCACCGAUAAAAAGACAAUAAAAAAGCUCAGGCUUCUGUUGAAGAAAGUGCCUACUGGGACAAAAUUCUCACGAUACAAUGUUAUUGUCAUUGAUGAAUGCCACAUGUUAUCCUCCAACUCUUGGUCUGCAUUUAUUAAGUUUCUUGAAGAACCUCUCUCUCGUGUUAUCUUCAUAUUCAUAACAGUUGAUCCGAAUAGUUUGCCUCGUGCAGUGAUGUCUCGGUGCCAGAAAUAUGUCUUUCCUAAGAUCAAAGAGACUGAUAUAGUGUUCCGACUUAGAAAGAUUUCUGCUGAAGAAAACCUUGAUGCUGAAUGGGAUGCCCUUGAUAUAAUUGCUUCGAAUUCAGAUGGCUCUCUCCGUGAUGCAGAAAGUAUGCUAGGCCAGUUGAGUCUGCUGGGCAAACAGAUCACAACUUCUCUCGUAAAUGACCUAACGGGAGUUGUUUCCAGUGAAAGUUUACUUGAUCUUCUGAUAACAGCUCUGUCAUCAGACACAGUAGAAACAGUGAAAAAGUCCAGAGAGCUGAUGGAAUCUGGUAUUGAUCCUGUUGCCUUAAUGUCACAGUUGGCAAGUCUUAUUAUGGAUGCUAUUGCUGGAACAUCUAGGCUGCCCAAGGCACAAUCCUCUAGCAUUGUUCUCUUUGGGGAAAGUUUGACAGAAGCUGAAACAGAGAGAUUACAACGAGCACUGAAAAUUCUUUCUGGUGCGGAAAAGCAGCUAAGACUUUCAAGUGAGCGGGCAACUUGGUUCACAGCAGCUCUACUUCAGAUUGGUUCUGGUCAUAGCCCACAACCCACUCCUUCAUGCAGUAGCAGUCGGCCGAGCAUUAAAAGAUUGGAUUUAGUUCCACCGCAGAAGAUUGGAGAAACCUCAUCAUCUGAUUACAAGUCUAAUCCCUCAUUAAGACUUUGGGAAUCAAGUUCAGCUUCAGUACCUGGAAAUGCCAGUGUUCACAGCAGCAUAAGUGCUUCCCAUAGCUUAUCUGAUACAGCUUAUAGAGAUGAUGUCACUAGCGUGGUGAACCCAGAUAAGUUGGAUGCAAUCUGGAGAAGGUGCAUUGAAAAAUGUGAUUCAGAAAGAUUGAGACGCUUGCUUCAUACUCAUGGAAAGUUGGUAUCUGUUACAGAAAUUAGAGGUAUUUUGAUUGCUUAUAUAGCCUUUAGUGACAGCAACAUAAAAUCCAGAGCUGAGAGAUUUCGUAGAAGCAUCACAAAUUCCAUUGCAUUAGUUCUGAGGCACAAUGUAGAAGUAAGAAUGGGUCUUUUGCCGGAAAAGUAUUUGAAGUCUCUGAAGUCAUUUCCAGACUCCCCGUUCAGCAAACAAAGCCAAAGCAUUGAACCUGGUAGAAUUCAUGCUUCUUAUGACAUGGCUAGAAGAAGUGUGGAUAAGCCGCGAAGAAGCCAAGAUACAAUUGAUAAUCGAGAGCAAAGGGGAAAGAAAACAUGUAUUGAUGAACAAAGGCUGGAGAGUGCUUGGCUUCAGGCUGCAGAAAAUAGUGAAGCCGCAUUAGCAAGAAAUUUAACUGAAUCCAAACAGGAGAAGAAUCACAAUUUGGUACAAGAUGGUACAAAUAGCUUGAACCAAAUUAAGUCUCUGACGGACCUUUCUAUAUCAUUCAAUCAUUGGAAAGAUGGAGAUGGUGAUGAGAUUGAAGAGCUUGAAAGUGAUGGCAGUAAAAGUUGCCACCAGAGACAAGCUGGUGGGAGGUUUGAGCGAUGUCAUCAUGCUAUUUCUCCUAGCUUAUUGCACAGCAACAGCUUCAGAGCCAAGGUGGACCGAGAAAGCUUGGGUUAUGAGUCAGAACCUGUUCAAAGUGGGCUUUGCUGCUGGAGAACCCCCAAGUCUAACAGGGUGAAGGAGAACCAAGGAGAUGAUACCAGAUCACAGCCAGCAGGUCUAUGUUUUGGGAAGUGUUGAUAGAGAUAAAAACAGAUAACAAUCAGGUGAAGAGACAAGAAGAGUCCAAGGGGAAAUUCUAAUAGGCGGAUGUUUGUCUAUUCUCUUGCACCCAUUUUCUAAAUUUAAAAAAAAGUUACAUAUUUGGUUAUAGGCAAAAUGGCGUUGGUGAUAAACCCAAUAUUCAUGAUGACAAAUGGAUAACCAGGGAGGAGAUAGUUUCUUUUUGAUGUUUCCAUAGAUGGAUAAUUAAUAGACGCGUCAUAUGUUUUAUCUAUUGUAUAUGGAGUAAAGGAUGUUGCAGUACUUGGCAAAUUUUGGUACAUCUUGAAGGGUUGGUUGUUUAUUAUAGCUUGUUAUUGGGUAAUAUGUGUUUGAUUGCAGAGA